AUGCUGAUCCAGUACGCAUACAUCAAGCCAAGGUCGCAAUUCGGUAAGCAAUGCUUCUUCGGAGAGACCGACCCGAUCAUUCAGGAGAAUAUCCUACCGGAUCCGAAACUCAUGCGAAACUACAUCCACACGAGCCAUUGCCACCGUGGUGUACAGAUACCCAAGCAAUUUGCUCUGCACGAGAUACAAACCGCUAGUAAAGUAACAAAGGAGAGCGGGAUGUUACAUUUAGAGGGCGGUUGGCCUAAGGAGAUAAACGUGAAGGACGACGAAGCCGUGUUGAGAUUUCGCCGGCGUGUAGUAAAGGACGAGUAUUGGGCGCCGAAGAUGAAGAACCUCACUAACCCUAUGGAACGCUGUAUACUGCAGAAUAACAUCAUCAACAUUUAUGAGCAGUACUUUGACGAUAUAGAACCGACUUCGCUCGUUUUUUCCUAUGGUAUAAGAACCUCAAACAUGUACACCGAUCCACAAUCUAUCGUAAGACCAAUCAAUCACCUGUCGUGGUCGCCCGAUGCACAGAAUCGAUUGGCUGCUGCCUACUCUUUUAUGGAGUUCGAGAGGAAACUAUCUAAUGUGAAUCCUUCCUCUUACAUAUGGGACAUUGAGAAUCCAAACAAACCAGUGCUGUGCAUGAGAUCAUCAUCACCGUUAAUAAUCGUCGAGUUUAACCCACGCGAUCCAUCGAUGCUGAUUAGCGGAUUGAUGUCUGGCCAAGUGUGCAACUGGGACAUCCGAAUCGGGGAUAGGCCAGUGCAAAUGUCCCAUCGUCAAUUCAGCCACAGAAAUCCGGCGAACCAGGCGCUCUGGAUUCAAUCCAAGACCAAUAAGGAGUUCUUCUCGGCAUCCACCGACGGUGCGAUUAAGUGGUGGGAUAUAAGGAAGAUGAGGCAACCGACCGACGAACUAGUGAUGGAUUUGGAUAAUCCACUCCGAGCGGAUAUCCUUCGUGCGAUCGGCGUCACAAAGCUGCAGUACGAGCCGAGCAUAGGACAUAGAUUCCUGGCGGGUCUGGAGAAUGGCAUGGUGAUCAACAUAAGACGGAAAGUCACGAAACCGGUCGAUAAACUGGCAAUGAGAUUCAACUGUCACGUCGGCCCUGUCAUUGCUAUUGAUCGAAGCCCAUUCUCUGUCAAGAAUUUUCUUACUGUAGGCGAUUGGAUCGUCAAGAUCUGGUCGGAUGAUACCAAAGAGGAUAGCUUAAUUACCAUACGUGAACAGAAUGCUGAUUUACGCGGAGGUUGCUGGAGCAGAUCCAGGUACUCAGUGUUCUUCACCAUAAACGCGACGGGUCUGUUAGAGGUAUACGACAUUCUGAACGGCGUGGCUUCACCGGUGACCACGUUUCGUGUCUGCAACGACAGUCUCACGACCAUCGCUCCUCAUGAGAACGGUCAACUGCUGGCAGUCGGCAGUCACGAUGGAAAUAUAUAUUUAGUGGAAUGCUCCGACGGACAUAUUACUAACACUAAAACUGACAAAGCGAACCUUAUUGCCUAUCUCGAGAGUUGUAGUCGAUUUGGGAAGACUGUCGAUACACGAUUGAAAGAAAUGCGCUUGAUGCAAGCUAGCAUUCAUGAAGAUUCCGCAUCGGACCGCUCGGCGUUCAUAUUAAAGAAGAAAGGAAAUCAGGAAAAAAAUAAGAACAAGGCGCCGGUUAAAGAAAAGGGCGAGCAACCUAAGAAAAAAUCUCGAAUGAAAAGGUUGGAAAAGGACGACACGUUCUUCGAAGAACUGGCGGAUUCAGAAGCGGCAUUUUUUCAAACAGUAAAGAAGGAAUUUGCGACUUAUCCGAAGCUGGAUCCUGAAAUUGAACAGAUGAUCAGUCUCAUGCAAGAAACACCGCGCAAGAAAAAGAUUUUGCGUGAAUCAGCGACGGUAGAGAAAAAAAUAAUCAAAACUGAGCAAAGGCAACCUAAAUCAAGAGGAGAAAGGACAAGAGCGGUAAGACCCAUAUCCUCAACGAGAUCCUUGACAGAAGGGAUAGAAGUUGACAAAGAAGAAGAUGAAAAAGAAGCGGCUGCAAAAAUAGAAGUGCCAUUCAUAAAACCAAAAAAGAUCGUGAAGAAACGCCGAGGACAGAUUUUAAGUAAAGUCUGUGCCGUUGAAGUUUGCAAGCCGGAAAUCUGUUGCGCAGACCUGGAAGGUAAAUUUCCGUUUUCAACGACAGCUUAUCAUAUAGAUAUCAAUAUAUAUUGUCAUUUUUAUUCAACGUUCGAUUUGUAUAUUUUAGAAAAGCGGAAAGCCGAAUUACAAACUCAACUUGCUUCGGAGGAGGAGAAAUCUUCCUGGGUUAUCACCCAAUGGCGACGUAAGUUAUUCGAUUUUGAGCAAAAGUUGCCGGAACAUUCGUCAAUCGAGAAGAGAAGAAUACUUUUGGAGGAGGACGAAUUGCUGGCGAACGUACUUGCGGACGAAGUCGAGGAAGCCAGAAGGGAAAUGCGUGCUUGGCAGGAGAGAAUCGCGUUGGGCAAACGUGACUCCUGGCGGCCACGAACGAUCGAGGUUAUACAUGAGAAACCAGAAGGAAAAAAGAAGAAAGUCGGGAACGGCGACGUCGAGUCGCCUGUGCGAAACGUGGAGGAGGGAAGAAGGGAUUUUCGGCAGCUCGCAGAAACGAGCUCGAAAUGGAAGUCCGCGAUCGGGGACAAGACUUUGCAAGCGCGUGGAAAAAGAGAGGCGACGAAGCUCGACUCGCAUCUCGAAAAGUGCGCUCAGGAAGAAACGCAUCCAACGUUAUCCGCAUACAUUGAAUCAACGGAAACGGUAACAACGGUAUCGACGAAACACAGUGAGGGCAGCGAUCAAUAA